GCCUCCUUCCCCUGGCCGAAAUGGACCUCUCAGGCUUACUGUGUAACCGGUCAGCCUCUCUGGAGGACCAGGAUGUUCAGGGACCCCCGGUGCUGGUGGAUGCCUGGCUAGUGCCCACCCUGUUCAGCCUCAUCAUGCUGGUCGGCCUGGUGGGAAACUCUCUGGUCAUCCACGUUAUCACCAGGCACCAGCAGAUGAGGACUGUCACCAACUUCUAUAUAGUGAACCUGGCCACCACAGACAUAAUGUUCCUGGUGUGUUGUGUUCCCUUCACCGCUACCCUGUACCCCCUGCCAAGCUGGGUGUUCGGAGAUUUCAUGUGCCGUCUGGUCAGCUACCUACAACAGGUGACAGCCCAGGCGACCUGUAUAACUCUAUCUGCUAUGAGUGUUGACCGUUGCUACGUGACCGUCUACCCUCUACAGUCUCUACGCCACCGCACCCCUCGCAUGGCCGUGACGAUCUCUGUUUCCAUCUGGAUAGGUUCUCUCCUGCUGUCAGUGCCAAUAGCUUUGUACCAGCGUUUAGAGGAAGGCUGUUGGUUCGGUCCCCAGACCUACUGCAGCGAAGCGUUUCCUUCAGCCCGCCUCCAGAGAGCGUUUAUCCUUUACAGCUUCCUGGCUGUCUACCUGUUACCUCUCAUCACCAUCUGCUUCUGUUACGCCUUCAUGAUCAAACGCAUGGGACAGCCCUCGGUACAGCCCACCGACAACAACUACCAGGUGACAGCCCAAGCAGAACGUGGCGCGACAGUCAGGUCUCGUGUGUCUAGAAUGGUGAUAGUGAUGGUGGUUCUGUUUACGGUGUGCUGGGGACCCAUCCAGAUCUGCAUCCUGCUCCAGGCCUUCGGACCGCACCUGCGCUCCUACGCACUGUACAAGGUGAAGAUCUGGGCCCACUGCAUGUCCUACUCCAACUCUUCUGUCAACCCUCUGGUCUACGCUUUCAUGGGCAACAACUUCAGAAAGGCCUUUAAAAAUGCCUUCCCCUCUGUCUUCAGCCCACAGGGCCGAGGGAGGGGCAGGGUGGGGGAGGCAGGGAGGGAGGGGGAGACAGAAUGCCAGGCCCCCAACGUGGACACAGAGAUGCACUUUCUUUCAUCUGGGACCUGA